AUGGUGGAUGCAAGAAUAAGGACCACAAAUACAUACUCUUAUUUAUCAGAAGGAGUUGGUGGGUCUCAAAGUGUUGGUUUUACAAAAAGAGAUUGCUACAAUGUUGUCAAUAAGGAGAAAAUGGUCAUGAUUGAAGCAGGUGAUGCUCAAAGCUUGAUAAACCUUUUCAAGCGCAAACAAGCUGAAAAUCCUAUGUUCUUUUACACAGUGCAAGUGGAUCAAGAAAACCGAAUGACAAACUUCUUUUGGAGAGAUGGAAGGUCAUGA